GUUUUUCAUUUCUUACUCCAGAUAAUAGAGAAAAAUGCUGAUCCUGAACAAAUGCUGUUGUCUUACUUGCGAAAGAGACUCCAUCUUACAGGAACUAAGUAUGCCUGUGGAGGAGGUGGCUGCGGUGCCUGCACCGUGAUGAUCUCAACUUAUGAGCCAACUUCAAAGAAGAUACGACAUUAUUCAGCAAAUGCAUGCUUGCUUCCCAUUUGCUCAUUGUAUGGUGCAGCAGUCACCACAGUGGAAGGUAUUGGAAGUACAAAAACCAGGGUUCAUCCAGUUCAGGAAAGGCUUGCCAAGUGCCAUGGCUCCCAGUGUGGUUUCUGCACCCCUGGAAUGGUGAUGUCCAUAUACACUUUGUUAAGAAACCACCCAGAACCAACUUCAGAGCAGAUGAUUGCAGCUCUGGCUGGGAACUUGUGCCGCUGUACUGGAUAUAGGCCGAUCCUAGAUGCCUGUAAAACCUUCUGUAAGGAUUCCGUUUGUUGUCAAAGGAAAGCAAAUGGGAAGUGUUGUUUGGAUCAGGAAGAUUAUUUGUUUGACAAGGAAGAGAAGGUUUCCACCAGACUAUUUUCAACAGAUGAAUUCCAGCCCUUAGACCCCACCCAGGAGCUUAUAUUUCCUCCAGAACUAAUGAGAAUGGCUGAAAAUCCACCAAGAACUCUGGUUUUUCAUGGGGAGCGAAUGACAUGGAUUUCUCCUGUAAGCUUAGAUGAAUUACUGGAUCUGAAAGCUGCCCACCCCAAUGCACCUCUUGUGGUUGGGAACACCACUGUGGGACCUGAGAUGAAAUUUAGAGGCAUAUUCCAUCCAAUUGUUAUUGCUCCUGCAAGGAUCCCGGAUCUGAAUGUGGUGAAGUGCAUGGAUGACGGAUUAACUCUGGGAGCUGCCUGCAGCCUCUCUCUAGUGAAAGAUAUCUUGACCAAUGCAAUCUCAGAGGCCCCUGAAGAGAAGACAAAGGUUUUCUGUGCUGUCUUGCAGCAAUUAAGAACUCUGGGUGGAGAACAGAUAAGAAACGUUGCUUCAUUAGGUGGAAACAUCAUAAGUAGAAAAUCAACCUCAGACUUGAAUCCUAUUCUGGCAGCCAGCAACUGUGUGCUCAAUCUGGCUUCAAGAGGAGGAAAGCGACAGAUUCCUUUAAGUGAUAUUUUUGCAGAUGGAGUUGAUAACAAUACCAUUACGCCAGAAGAGAUCUUAGUCUCUGUCCAUAUUCCCCAUUCUAGGAAGGGGGAGUAUGUCUCUGCAUUUCGACAAGCACCAAGACGGGAAAAUGCUCUCCCAAUAACCAAUGCUGGGAUGAGAGUCCUUUUUGAAGACAGUACAGACAUAAUAAAGGAUUUAAGCAUUUUCUAUGGAGGUGCUGUCUUGACCACAACGUGUGCAAAACAAACCUGUUGGACACUGAUUGGAAGACACUGGAAUGAACAAAUGUUGGAUGAAGCUUGCAAACUAGUUCUUAAAGAAAUUGCUGUUCCAGGCUCAUCCAGUGGUGAAAAAGUAGACUAUAAGAAAACUUUGAUAGUCAGUUUCUUCUACAGAUUUUUCCUGGAAGUAUUGCAGUCAUUGAAGAAAAUGGAUCCUUGCCACUAUCUUGGCAUACCUAUGGAAUAUAGGAGUGUCCUACAAGAUUUCCAGACCAAAAUGCCCCAGAGUAUCCAAAUAUACCAGGAUGUAAAGCCAAGUCAGUCUCCCCAGGAUCCUGUAGGACGGCCCAUUAUGCACCAGUCUGGAAUUAAACAUGCCACUGGUGAAGCAGUUUACAUUGAUGACCUUCCUUCUGUGGAUGGGGAGCUCUUCCUGGCUGUCGUCACUAGUUCCAGAGCUCAUGCUAAGAUUGUAUCUAUAGAUACCUCAGAGGCUCUAAAAGGACCAGGUGUGUUCGAUAUCGUAACAGCCCAGGAUGUACCAAAUACAAAUGAGUUUUACUACUCCAGUGAUCCAGAGAUUAUAUUUGCAAGAAACAAGGUGAUUUGUGUGGGUCAGAUUGUCUGUGCUGUGGUUGCGGAUUCAGAUGUUCAUGCCAAACAAGCAGCUGCAAAAGUGAAGAUAGAGUACGAAGUGCUGGAACCAGUGAUCUUAACAAUCGAGGAAGCUAUAAAGCACAACUCGUUCUUUGAGCCAAAAAGAAAAUUAGAACAAGGAAAUGUUGAUCAGGCAUUUGAAACUGUAGAUGACAUAAUUGAAGGAGAGAUUUGCGUUGGGGGACAGGAACACUUCUACAUGGAGACUCAGAGUGUGCUUGCUGUUCCAAAAGGAGAGGAUAAAGAAAUGGAUGUGUAUGUGUCAACACAGCAUCCAGCAACUAUUCAGGAGAUGGUAGCUGCAAGUUUAGGUGUUCCAGCCAACAGGAUCAUGUGCCAUGUUAAAAGAGUUGGUGGAGCUUUUGGUGGGAAACUCCUGAAAGCUGGCUUACUGGCAUCAGUUGCUGCAGUGGCAGCAAACAAAACCAGCAGAGCAGUCCGUCUAAUUCUGAGCCGAGGGGAUGAUAUGUUAAUCACUGGUGGCCGACAUCCUUUUAUUGGUAAAUAUAAAGUUGGCUUCAUGAAUGAUGGUAGAAUCAGAGCUGUGGAUGCAAAAUAUUACAUUAAUGGAGGAUGCACCCCUGAUGAAUCUGUCCUGGUAGCAGAAGUAUCCUUAUUAAAAAUGGACAAUGCAUACAAGAUUCCCAACUUGAGAUGCUGGGCUUAUGCCUGCAAAACAAACUUGCCAUCAAACACAGCGUUCCGAGGGUUUGGCUUUCCCCAGUCAGCACUGGUGACAGAAACUUGGAUAACAGGAGUUGCAGAUAAAACUGGUUUAUCACCAGAAAAGAUUAGGGAAAUAAAUAUGUAUAAGGAGAAUGAGCAGACACACUUCAAACAAAAGCUUGAUCCACAAAACUUAAUACGGUGUUGGAAUGAAUGUAUGAAGAAAUCUGCAUACCACAGUAGGAAAACAGCUGUCAAUGAAUUUAACAAACAAAAUUACUGGAAGAAAAAAGGGAUUGCCAUUGUACCAAUGAAGUUUCCGUUUGGACUAGGCACACGUUAUCUUUCUCAGGCUGCUGCUCUGGUUCAUAUUUAUACUGAUGGAUCUGUGCUUCUGACACAUGGUGGAAUUGAAAUGGGGCAGGGUAUUCAUACAAAAAUGAUCCAGGUUGCUAGUCGGGAAUUGAACAUCCCCAUGUCAUGUAUUCACUUCUGUGAAACAAGCACAACAACUGUUCCUAAUGCAUGUGCCUCAGCAGGAUCUGCAGGGACAGAUGUCAAUGGCAUGGCUGUGAAGGAUGCUUGCCAAACUCUUCUGAAACGCCUGCAGCCUAUCAUCAACAAGAACCCAAAAGGGACCUGGAAUGAUUGGGUAAGACAAGUGAAUCCUG